AGUUCUGAGAGCUGAAAAAUGUCUGGUUUCCUGGAGAGCUUGAGAUGCUCGGAGUGCGUGGACUGGGGAGAGAAACGAAACACCAUUGCUUCUGUGGCUGCAGGUGUGCUGUUUUUUACAGGUUGGUGGAUAAUCAUAGAUGCAGCUGUGAAAUACCCUCAAGUGGAAGACUUCAACCAUUCCUACCAUGCUUGUGGGGUUAUAGCCACGAUUGCAUUCCUGAUGAUCAAUGCUGUGUCCAAUGGACAGGUGCGAGGUGACAGCUACAGUGAAGGCUGCCUGGGGCAGACAGGUGCUCGGAUCUGGCUGUUCAUUGGGUUCAUGAUGGCUUUUGGAUCUCUGAUUGCUUCCAUGUGGAUCCUUUUUGGAGGUUACGUUGUUAAAGAAAAACCAGUAGUGUACCCAGGAAUAGCUGUGUUUUUCCAGAAUGCAUUCAUCUUUUUCGGAGGUUUGGUCUUCAAGUUUGGUCGCACAGAAGAUCUGUGGCAGUGAAGACACCCCUGGAAGUGCAUUGGCCUUG